AUGGUUCCAGUUCGUCGUUUCAAUGGCAAUUCCUCUGACUUCAAAACCAACAGGAGAAGAAGUUGGAAGUUGGGGAAGGGCUUGGCUCAAAAGCGGGAAGCUGAAGCUAAGCUGCAGGAAUUGGAACUUAAGAAGGAAAAGCCAUUUGCACAAACCAGAUGUUCUAUUGUGUCACAUACAUCUGCGCUUGCUAUCUGGUACUCCUUAAUUGGCCUUCUAGUUCUCGUUAGCUCAUUUGCUAACAGCAAUGCUCAGGAAAAAAUCACACCCAGCUAUGGCAUUUCCUCCCUCAACCGGACCAGUUUUCCCAAGGGUUUCAUUUUCGGGGCGGCAGCAGCAGCUUAUCGGUAUGAAGGUGCAGCAAAAGAAGAUGGUAAAGGCCCAAGCAUGUGGGAUUAUUACACCCAUAAAUAUCCAGAGUUGAUUGCGGACGGCAGUAAUGGAGAUGUAGCUGUUGAUCAAUAUCAUCGCUACAAGCAAGAUGUGGCGAUUCUGAAGGAUAUGGGUGCAGAUGCGUACAGGUUCUCAAUUUCAUGGCCCCGAUUGAUACCUACGGGAAAGAUUAGCAAAGGCGUGAACAGGGAAGGAAUCAAAUACUACAACAACCUCAUCAAUGAGCUCCUGUCCAAAGGUCUCAAGCCCUUCGUGACAAUCUACCACUGGGAUAUUCCCCAGGCCUUAGACGAUGAGUAUGGUGGUUUCCUAAGUGACAAAGUUGUGGAAGAUUUCGGGGACUUCGCGGACCUUUGCUUCAGAGAGUUUGGAGACAGAGUAAAGCACUGGAUCACACUAAAUGAGCCAUGGACAUACAGCAAUGGAGGUUAUGCACAAGGGACACUAGCACCUUUCCGGUGUUCGAGCUGGUAUAGUCCCAAUUGCACCGGUGGAAAUUCCGCCAUUGAGCCCUAUCUAGUCUCCCAUCACCUGCUUCUUGCUCAUGCUGCUGCUGUUGAAGUUUUCAAGCAGAAAUAUCAGGCAGUACAAAAAGGUGUGAUAGGUAUAACCCAUGUGUGCCAUUGGAUGGUGCCAUACACUAAUUCCAAACAAGACGUCGACGCCGCUUCACGUGCCCUUGAUUUCAUGUUCGGAUGGUUCAUGGACCCCUUGACAAAUGGUGACUAUCCACACAGCAUGAGAACGUUGGUCGGAAAGCGAUUACCCAAAUUCACAGAAAAGCAAUCUGAGCUGGUCAAAGGGUCCUACGACUUCAUCGGAAUAAACUACUGGAAAACUAUAUCAGAUGUUAGCAAAGCUACUAUGCGGACAGGCAAAACGAAAGUUAACCCAAAGACUGCUGCUCCAAAAGACAAAGAUCAACCGCAUCCUGCAACGUCCUCGUCAAGUAAUGAUCAGGAUUGGUCUGAAAAUCUGAAAGAAAAAAUCAAGACAUUGCUGGAUGAAGUGAAGAAGGAGCUCCUCAAACAUGUGGAUGAUCGCCUGAAAAUCAUCAAAAAGCCUCCAACUGGGAAGCAAGCUUCAUCAAGUCGUAGAAAAUCUGAUAAGCAGAUAGUCAGAAAGUCAACUCCCGUAAGUAGUACUCAUCCUUCAAAACACCGUCCUAGACAAUCGCCUCGUGAAAAUAGAAAAGAGAAUCAUCAAGAUCCGAGUCGUGCAACCUCUUUGGACCCGCUUGAUCAAAUCCAGUCAUCGCUGAAUCAAAUCCAGUCAUCGCUGGAUCAAAUCCAGUCAUCGCUGGAUCAAAUCCAGUCAUCGCUGGAUAAAGUGAAGAAGAAGUUCCUCAACCUUGUGGGUGAUCGCCAGACCAAAAUCACCAAAGAGCGUUCAGCUGGGAAUGAUCGUUAA